AAUGGCUUCUUCCCUUCCUGCAAGUCCAGGGGCAGUUUCGUAAAAAUCUAAAACAACGAGGACUAUUUAGAUCAUUUGCUCCAUGGGCGAUGCAACCCCUCCGGAAGAAUUCCAAACGUAUGUAAGCUGCGGUUCUCCCCCCAAUUUCUCUCUCGCGCGCUUCUCAACAUUCUCAAAACCAGAUCUCUCUCUCUCCUUUUGAAGAUCGAUCUAGAAAACAAAGAUCGAAAUCGUUGAAAUUAUCCGCCAUUUCAGGUCGGUGGAUGGUUUCUUCAUAUUUUCGAAGCUGAAAGUCGCGAAGAAGAAAAAGAUCUCUCCUUUCAUUUUUCUCUAGAGAUCGAAAUCACGUUGAUUUUGACGAUAUAUAGAAACGAACGCGUUCAAAUCUUUUCAAGCUUCCCUCUUGGAAUUCGAGAUCAGAGACUUCUGUUAUCUUUCUUUUCGUAUUACAUUGUAAAAGAUCUCUGUAGUUUUUUUUGUAUCUGUUGAACGAUAAGAAGAUUGGAACCAUUUUCGUUUCUCGAUCUUUAGCUUCUUUUCUCAAGAGAUCGGCGAAUAUUUGCAAGUUUGAUGAUCGGUACGGAAAUGAAGAUCGUAAUUCUCAAUUUGUAGAAUCUAGCGAGUUUUGGAUUCCUUUUCAAUGAAAUGUAGCUGGGAGAGCUUUUGUCACCAUUCUUUAGCUGGUUUUUGUUGAACUUCUGUCUGGAGCUGAUGGGAUUUGGAAGGGAUCUUCUGCCUCUGGAUAAAUCGGCCAGAGUCGGGUAAAGAUGUUACAGUAUUAGGAAGGAGAUGAUAGAGGGAGAUUUUGGGGUGGAAAGGGGUGAAGAAAUCGGGGCGAACACAGUUCAAAACGAAAGCCACAAACCAGUCCUUCGGAGGGAGCCUUCUUUCUCAGGUUGGUGCGAUGAAGAUAGGAUUGAACGUUUCGAUUGUCCUUCAAACAAUGUCGAUAUCAUCAUAGGGGAUUGCAAUUUUGAAUUGCCUUUGGUUCAAGGAGACAGGUCGGUGGACGGGUUUUUAGGUCGGGAGAUACAGGGAGUGAGUACAUUUCGGCAGAGAGGCAUGCUUUUGAACGGGUCUCACAACAUGGAGGAAGUCUCUGUUUACAUCGAAGGGAGCGAAGAUGGAAAGAAGUAUGUCCCGUUUGAUGUUGAGAACAAGUCUGGUGGAGAGCAGGAGUUUUCAGACUUCAACUCAGAUGGAACGGAUUCGGCUAUAAAGCUUGACACAUCAGAGGCUUCUCAGAGCAACAUUUCUAUUUCCACGGUGCUCAGGACAUUGUUUUUUGUACUAGUAUGGUACAUUACCAGCACAUGUUUGACAUUGUAUAACAAAACACUAUUGGGUGAUAAGUUGGGAAAUUUCCCAGCUCCCAUGUUGAUGAAUACCAUACACUUCACAAUGCAAGCUGUUUUGUCGAAGGCUAUUAUACGGUUCUGUUGUCAAAGUUUGCAACCUAGUGUAGAGAUAUCAUGGAGUGAUUACUUUAUGAGAGUUGUACCAACGGCUAUUGGGACUGCCCUGGAUAUAAAUCUGAGCAAUGCGUCCCUUGUUUUCAUAUCCGUGACAUUUGCCACCAUGUGUAAAUCCGCCUCUCCAAUAUUUCUUCUUCUGUUUGCUUUUGCAUUCAAGUUGGAAAGUCCAAGUAUCAAGCUUGUAGGAAUCAUAUUAAUAAUCUCCACUGGAAUUUUAUUUACUGUUGCAAAGGAGACAGAAUUUGAGUUCUGGGGCUUUUUGUUCGUUAUGCUAGCUGCUGUCAUGGCAGGGUUUCGUUGGUCCAUGACUCAGAUUCUUUUGCAGAAAGAAGCAUUUGGUUUGAAGCAUCCCCUUACUUUCAUGAGCUGCGUUGCCCCUGUGAUGGCUGUGGUGACUGCUUUAUCAUCUCUUGUAAUGGAUCCCUGGCUUGAUUUAAAAAGUAAUGAUUACUUUAAUAACUCAUGGAACAUUGCUCGAAGCUGCAUGCUAAUGUUCAUUGGAGGAUCACUGGCAUUUUUAAUGGUUUUAACUGAAUACAUUCUUGUUUCAGAAACCAGUGCCGUGACAGUAACAAUAGCUGGUGUUGUCAAGGAAGCUGUCACUAUUUUGGUUGCAGUGUUUUACUUUCAUGAUGAGUUUACCUUGAUGAAGGGGAUUGGACUCAUCACAAUAAUGGUUGGUGUUAGUUUGUUCAACUGGUACAAAUAUCAAAAACUACAGAAAGGCCAGCUAAGUGAAAAUGCCGAAGAAACAGGGUCUCCGACUGUCAAUGGAGCUGCAAAGUAUGUUAUCCUUGAGAGCAUGGAUGACCAGGAUGAUGAAGUUUGAGAGCACCCAGGAUUGCAUCAUGUUAACCAUACGACUAAUCGUUGAAGAAAAUUUUGUGCUUUCCAGCUCGGGGAGGAUCGUUGGCUAUAUAUGAGUUUCUUCAUGGAGCAUAGUCAGUGCAGCUGCAAGGGCAGCCCGUGACUAGUAUUUCUAACCCAGCAACAUGCACUCCUUCCAACGCUGUUGCAUGCGCUUCUAUUGAUAUCUGGCAAGGCCAUUUUUCUCUUGCACAAGCUUGUCUAUACUUGCAAUCCUCAGUGAGACUGUUGGUGAUGGGCAAGGAAAGUUUGCAGGAUCAAAGAAGCGAACCUACUGAUUCAACACAUCUGCAUGAUUCUGUGCAAGAGCCUAUUCAUGGUGAAGUUAUUUCUCGAGGCGCUUCGAUGAUGGAUGACUAUUGAUACAAAUUAGAUCCAAUUUAUUCUCCCGUUAGUUCAUUUUACAGACUAUUAUCUUUAUUUUUUCAUGCUGGUUGGUGGACAAAAAUAUUCUUGAGCAUGUACAGGAGGUCCACUAGCAAGCUGUAAUAGAUUGGAGAGUGUUCUUUCUUCCAUGAGUACAAAUGCCGCUCUUGAGUGAGAUAGCGCUGGCUUUGGCAUGGGAGCCAUUGAAAUUUUCUGUAAUAAUGAAGGCAGAUUUGACUGAAUGCUUAUUCAAUGAAAAUGAAAUUGGCCAUAUAAGUAUGUACUACUUCCCUUC